AAUAAAGGUCAAGGUUAAACUUAUCUCAGUGAGAGAAACUGAUAUGGAUUUGACUGUUAAAGAUACAGUUUCUUCGGCAAUCAUCCUCCGUAAAAAAACUCUGAGAGAUCUCAGUCAUAAAAUAUGGUCUAACCCAGAAAUCGGUUUUCAAGAGCAUUUGGCUCAUGAUAUAAUAACGUCGUUCUUAUCAAGUGAAAAUUUUCAGGUCGAACGAGAGUUUGUCCUGAAAACUGGCUUCAGGGCAACUUAUAAAAAUUCAGAAAGUUCAGCGGAUGGGUGUCCAAAUAUUUGCUUUAUUUGUGAAUAUGACGCUGCGUGUGAAAUUGGGCACGCUUCGGGUCAUAAUUUGCUAACAACAGCUAGUUUGGCAGCAGCCAUAGGACUAAAAAGUUGUGUUGAAAAGAAUUUGAUUAACGCUGAAGUGACAGUUAUCGGUACGCCUGCAGAAUUGUGCGGUGGAGGUACAAAGAUUGAUAUGAUUAAACAUGGAGCUUUUAAACAAGUUGACGCAGCUUUGAUGUUGUCACCAUUCGAUAAGAACCUUGCCAGUCCUCCAGCUUUCUGUUUGCUUUCCGUUACCGGGAAAGCUGCGCAUUAUUCCGCUUAUCCAUGGGAAGGAAAAAAUGCUCUAGAUGCAGCGGUCGCAUGUUAUAAUAAUAUAGCACUCUUAAGGCAGGGGUUAAAGCCCAAUUGGAUGGUUAACGGAAUUAUUACUAACGGUGGAGCAAUGCCUAACAUUGUUCCAGCAAUAACAGAGAUGAAAUUUUGGCUUCGAGCCCCAUCCCACACUGAUUUAAUAUUUUUGCAACAGAAAUGUGCAGCUUGUUUCGUUGCUGCAGCCAAAGCAACUGGCUGUGAGGCGCAAUUCAAUUUUGAAGAUAAUAUCUAUUAUCCUAUGAUUCAAAACAAGAGAUUGGGCGAUUUGUACAAAAAUUGCGCCAAUGAAGUUGGACUAGAAAUGGAUACUGAUGAAAGUGCAACCCAUAUUGGAUCAACUGAUAUGGGAAAUGUUUCUCAGGUUGUUCCAUGUCUUGAUUCAGCUUUCAAUAUUGGAACCUCAGCUGUUGAACUGUCAGAAACUUUCAGAGACGAUUGUAAUACCGAGAGAGCUCACGAAAACACCCUUCAAGCUGCAACCGCUUUAGCCUAUUCAGCUGCUCUUUUGUGCAAAGAUAAAGAAAAAAUGUCCUCAGUUAAAGAAGAAUUUGAAAGUCAGAAAACAUCUCUUAGAGUGUAA